AUGUCGAAAAGAACUCUCGAGCAGAUUGACCCAGAGGCCGUACCAGAACCAAGCACCAUUAAACGGAAACUUUCGCUCUCUUCGUUGAAGCCGACAGGUCCAUCUCCUGCGCGACAGCAAAUCACAGCGCCUUCCGUUCAGCUCGCCUACCCUUCCUUGCUCACUCCCGGCUCGCCUCCUCCAGCGGGACCUAGUCCUCCUUUCCAACAGCCCACACCCUUGAUAUCUUUCUCGUACAAUGACCAGCACGAACUCGAAUUUAACGACUCUGCUCUGCGAUACCUCGCACCGCCACCGCCCCGAGCCCAGUUGGGACAUGGGUACGACCGGUGGAACCGGCGUCCCGAGGCGCGGUCGCGUAUUGACGGGCUUCUGAGGGCGCUCUCCGCAGUCCAGGACAAGAAACAUCUGGCGUUAAGCUCUGGCGUCGGUGCGGUCGCGUGGCGUGGCGUGCUCACUCGGAAGAGCAUUUUGACAGCACCGUACGAGGAACGUGAGUCGGAUGGAUGGCUGAUGAAUGUCAUGUGUGUCAAUGGCGUGCUGUAUCUCGAGGAACACAGAGAUGAAGCCUGUCUCCAGGCAAAGAAUGACCUCAACCCGAGACAGCGGCGGCAGACAUACUUUGGCUAUUCGUUCGAGUCUUACUGCACAUCCUCUGCGCCUCGGAAUAGUCCCAAUCCACCGCAAGGCCCGAAUGAUCCCGUCGGCUGGGGUGGGGACGUCGACACCAAUGUGCAGUGGUGCAGCGUCGUGCGCACGAAGCUGGGGAACACAAGACUAGUCAUAGGGGGAGAAGUCGAUUGUGUUAGAGACAAGUACACGGGCAAGACGGACACAUUCGUCGAGCUCAAAACGUCGAUUUCGAUCCGGGGCGCGCAAGAUGAAGCGCGAUUCGAGAAGUAGCGCUCCCGCGAUCUUGUUCCCGUUCUCGACUGAGAUCCUUCCUCCUCAGGAAACUGCUCAAGUUCUACAUGCAAUCCUUCCUCCUGGGCGUUCCCGUACAGUGCUUUCCUCUUGAUCGUGUCUGACAUUGAAGACCCGCCAGGAAAUCCUCGUCGGGUUUCGAACUCCAUCGGGGGAAGUGCUGACCACACAGACAUUCCGGACCGUCGAGAUCCCGAGACUCGUCCGCGGCAAGCCCCACGCGUGGGAUCCCUCAGCGUGUCUCCGGUGGGGCGAUGCGGUGCUCUCGUUCCUAAAGGAGCGAUGCAUCGGAAACAAAACGGAUGUCUGGCGGGUCAGCUUCACUACGCGAUCAGGCAUCGCGCUGCGCUUGUUAGAUCAUGAGACAGACGUGGCGGAUGUGGUGGCCGGUGAGGACCGGGUCGGGUUCCUUCCACGGUGGUAUUGGGACUCGGUCGCCCAAUGAAGGCUUAGCGAUCAGUUCAAACUAAUAGACAUUGAUAUUGGUGUAAACAAAACAGACAGACCAGUCGUAAACAACGUAACGUGUGACUCGUAAGUAGUGUACUUAGAUGGAACCGGCGUUAAACAAAAAGAGAACGGAGUAUUGUGGGAGAUGGUAAGAUAGUAUGGACAGAGAAUCGACAUCCUAAGUGGAUGGCGCGAGGACUGGAUAGAGAGAGAGACGAGAGACGAUAGAAAAAGCAGCAGAAUCGACCAACACCGAGGGAGGCCCAUAACUCGUUUAUGUCGGCGCCUUCGCAUGCGGGACACAGCUGAGGAAGAUAGUACAAAAGCGCGGAUUUCGAGAUUCGCACAUUAAGAUGCCUGGAUGUGGAUGGAUGGAUGGAUGGAUGGAUGGAUGGUCGUGGGCUGGUGAUACAUGACAUGAGUCGUCCGGGAGUACAACAGAGCAGAUCAGGAAAAUAGUAAACACGCGCAGGCCGCCUCACCACAGUUCAUCCCGAACUCUGCAUCAGGUCUAUGCUCAUAUCCGGUUUCGCCGCCGCCUGCUUGCUCAUCGCAAGACGCAUCUGCUCUUCCUCAAACAGCUUGCGGCCUAUAUCGGCGCGCAGUCCCAGACUCGGCUUCUGCUGAAGAGUCUGAGGAGUGCCGCUCCGAGAUGGCGAAGGUUGCAGAAACUCGGUUAGGUUGAAAUCAACGACAGUCGACUGCGCCUGGACCGCUCUGGGGCUCGGUGCUGAGGACAAUGGCGCCGCCGACGCCGGAAAUGCAGCCGAAGGAAGUAAAUGAGACCCCGGGACAGGCCCCACCGCCGGAGUUCCUGGGCGUGAAGCCGGCGACGGCGACAUCGCUUUCGCCGGCGGAACAGGUGUCGAGGUUCUGGAACCCGCGGCAGAAGGUGUGCCGUGGACGUCACCGCCGAUACUGGACACGCUAGACACGAAGCUGUCCCCUGCGGCACCACGAGCCAGCGCAGUACCCUGUUUCUCUGGCGAUUCUAGCUUGCCUGCACUCGGGAAUAACACACGCCCCUUGGCUCUAGAGCCACCAUUCAGCGCGCGAUACGCCGCUGCAUCAUGAUCCCGGGCAUCUUUUCGAACUGGGGAAGGCGACGUUGCCAGGAAAAGCAUCAGAUCCGCAGCCUCGUUGUCUGUCGGGCCCGGCCGAGGUGUCCCAGCAUGAGACGGCGCUGCUGGUGUCUGAGACAAGGUCUGACCCGGAGGCGGUGUCCCACUGGCACGCCGGAACCUGGGCACACCCGCAGCGGAUGUCGACGCGACAUUGGUGGAUGGACUAAACGAAUCACCGCCAUCAUUCCUGGCAGAGCUCUGGGCAAACUGGGAAUAGGAGUGCAGCGAAUCAACGUCCGAAUCGUCCAUGCUUGACCGUGGGGAUGAUUGGCUGCCAAGCGAGGGCCGGUGAUUCAGUAACAGCGAGGUCAAAGUCGCAGCUGCUUUCAUGUCUACAUCGCCAUCGGCAUCGACCUCGGGCCGUCGCUGCUUGUGUUUGCCCUUGUCUUGCGCGCGCCGAGCUUUACGCUUCUCGGGUUUCUCGCCCCGGCUCCGAUCAGAGCGCGACUUGUCGUGGGAACGCGAGGCAGUCUUACUGGGGCGCGUCCUGGGCGACGCGGGUGGCCUGGCAGGUGGCGCUACUGGGGGGUCAGCCGCAUUCAGGAUCGUCCGCGCCGGCUGUGUCGGCGGCGGUGCAAGUAUGGACGUGAACAGGCUAGCAGUCAUCGGACGUGUUUCGGGACUGUUCGCCGGAUAGUAGUACGAGGGCCGACCCAUAAUUGACGUCCCCGGCACAGGCGGCUUGCGAUAGGUCGGCGCAGGCGAUGCUCCACCUUGGGUGGCAGGAUUAUUGUAGUAAUUGUUCGCACCCGGUGUGCCAUAAGCG